CCUCUUUCGAUUUCAGGUCUGUGAUUGAUUGGGUUAGGGUUUUGAGUUUUAGCUCAAUUCAUGCUUCUGCUUCUAUUGUUGUGCUUCUAGCUUCUGCAGCCAAGAGAUGUCGGCAUACGACAAUGUUAUUGGUGGGAAGUUGAAGCUAAAAGGGAAGGCUUUGGAUGUGAAAGCAGGUGGAGUAAAGAAGAAGAAGAAACAUAAGAAACAGGAAGAACAAGCUCUUAAAAUUACUGAACAUGAAGUCAUAGAAGGAGAAAGCACAGAAGCAUUGGGUAAGUUGAUCGAAGGAGAAGAAGAAGGUGAAGAAAUGGGCAGGAGUGAAAAGUCGAGUGAGGAUGUGAAUUUUCAGCACGAUGAUGAUCAGUUAACGCCUGCAGAAAGAAGGUACAUAGAGCAGAAACAGAGAUUGGAUGUGCAGAAGCUAGCUAAGGAGGCCAACAAGUCUCACCGUAAUAGGAUUGAGGAUUUCAAUCAGUAUCUGGCUAACAUGAGUGAGCACUAUGAUAUCCCGAAAGUCGGACCUGGUUAAUACAAAAUUUUCAUUGGCUUUGUUGUACUCUGCUUAUCAAUUUGGCAUCGUUAAACAACUACUAUUGGAUGUCUCUUAUGUUUCUUCGUACAACAUUUCAAUUAUGUAAUCUCCAGUUCUCUACUCUCUAAUGCCAAAAGACACGUUUUCUUGCAAAA